GCUGUCUUAGCAAAUCGAGGGUGUCACGCUCCGGAAGAAUGAAGAGCUGCAGUGGAUUUAAUGAUUUUUGGCAGAUGGUCAAGUAAUGCAAAGACACAGGAGCAAAACUUCGAAAGGGAAAAUAGAUGCUGUUUAAAGCUACAUAGACUUUCAUAACACGUGAUUGCAAAAAGAGAAAACAUCUCAAAGUAUCUUGGUGUAUUUCGUAGUUUGAGCCUGCAUGUUGAUUUCUGAAGAUGGCCGCUACAGAUCCGUAUCAGUGCAUUAUAGUAGAGCAUCAAUAUUCGCACAAAUUUACAGUUACAGUCUUACGUGCUACAAAUGUCACAAAAGGAACUUUUGGUGACCUGCUCGACACUCCAGAUCCUUAUGUAGAACUUUUCAUUUCUACGGCACCAGAAAGUCGGAAGAGAACAAAGCAUAUUAAUAAUGAUGUGAACCCAGUGUGGAAUGAGACGUUUGAAUUUAUUCUAGAUCCAAAUCAGGAAAACAUCCUGGAGAUUACAUUAAUGGAUGCAAAUUAUGUAAUGGAUGAAACUCUUGGUUCCUUAUCCUUCUCCAUCUCAUCCAUGAAAGUGGGAGAAGUGAAGCAAAUGGAAUUUGUAUUUUGUAAGGUUACAAAGGUGAUGUUAGAAAUGCAGCUUGAAGUUUGUUCCUGCCCAGAUCUGAGAUUUAGCAUGGCAUUAUGCAAUCAGGAGAAGAGUUUUCGACAGAAAAGGCGAGAAAAGGCAUUGGAAGGAAUUAAAAGACUCCUGGGCCCAGAAAAGGCAGUGCACUUUCCUUCAUGCAUACGCGAGGUGCCUGUCAUAGCUGUGCUGGGCUCUGGAGGGGGGUUCAGAGCAAUGAUUGGACUCUCAGGUGUUAUGAAGGCAUUGUUUGAAUCUGGAGUUCUGGACUGUGCAACAUACAUUGCAGGACUUUCUGGUUCCACAUGGUACAUGUCUAUAUUAUACUCACAUCCCGAAUUCCCUAAAAAAGGGCCUCAAGAGAUUAACCAGGAAUUGAUGACGAAUGUCAGUUAUAACCCUCUCCUUUUGCUCACGCCACAGAAAGUGAAACGUUACAUUGAAGCUCUGUGGAAAAAGAAGAACGCAGGACAACCAGUUACGUUCACUGACAUUUUUGGCAUGUUGAUUGGGGAAACACUUGUACAAAAUAGAAUGAACAGCACACUUAGUAGCAUGAAGGAGAAGGUUAACGAGGCCCAGUGCCCUCUGCCGUUGUUUACCUGUCUUCACGUCAAGCCUGAUGUCUCCGAGCUUAUGUUUGCAGAUUGGGUCGAGUUUCACCCUUAUGAGAUUGGGAUGGCGAAAUAUGGAACGUUCAUGUCUCCAGAUCUAUUUGGAAGCAAAUUCUUCAUGGGAACUGUGGUAAAGCAGUAUGAAGAGAACCCAUUACACUUCCUAAUGGGUGUCUGGGGUAGUGCAUUUUCAAUAUUAUUUAACAGAGUGCUUGGCGUCUCCAGUUCACAGAAGCAGGGCAGUACCAUGGAGGAAGAACUAGAAAACCUUCAGCCCAAGCAUAUUGUAAGUAAUGACAGUUCUGACAGUGAUGAUGAGUCACAGGAGCAGAAAGGCUCAGAAAAACCUGAUGCAGAAAAGGAAUAUGAUCGUCAAAACCAAGCAACCUGGGUUGAAAGGAUGCUGGCUGUGAUCUUCAAUGACUCCUCACUGUUUAACACAAGGGAAGGGCGUGCUGGUAAAGUUCACAACUUCAUGCUGGGCUUGAAUUUAAAUGCUUCUUAUCCUCUCUCUCCAUUUGGGGGUCUCAUGUAUCAAGUGUCCAUUGAUGAAGAUCCAGACACUGCAGUGGCAGAUCCAGAUGAAUUUGAAAGGAUUUAUGAACCUCUUGAUGUAAAGAGCAAAAAGAUCCAUGUAGUGGACAGUGGACUGACAUUUAAUUUACCAUAUCCUAUUAUCUUGCGGCCUCAGCGGGGAGUUGAUCUCAUCAUAUCCUUUGAUUUCUCUGCAAGGCCAAGUGAUUCUAGCCCACCAUUCAAAGAACUUCUGCUUGCUGAGAAGUGGGCAAAAAUGAAUAAGCUUCCAUUUCCAAAAAUUGACCCAAGAGUCUUUGACCGAGAAGGCCUGAAAGAGUGCUAUGUUUUUAAACCAAAAAAUCCAUCCAUAGAAAAGGACUGCCCAAUCAUCAUUCAUUUUGUAUUAGCCAACAUCAACUUUAGAAAUUUUAAAGCUCCUGGUGUGCCCCGGGAAACAGAAAAGGAGAAGGAUUUUGCUGACUUUGAUAUUUUUGAUGACCAAGAAACUCCAUUCUCUACUUUCAACUUCCAAUAUUCCAAUGAGGCCUUCAAACGACUGCAUGAUCUAAUGGAAUUCAACACACUGAACAACAUAGACGUAAUAAAAGACGCGAUCAUUGAAAGCAUUGCUUACAGGAAGUUAUACCCAUCACGGUGUUCUGUAUCUCUAAGUGACUUGGAAUCAAAGAGAUUUUACAAGCGAGAUUCCAGAAGCAAACUCCAUAAAUAACAACUAAAGCAACAUGUUCUUUCCUUAUGCAGUUAUUGGUACUGUCUGUGAGCAAGAACCAGCUUCUCUGUAUUAAUUUAUUUUUCAAUUUUAUUUCCCUUUUUGACACAGAAAAUGUAAUGAUGUGCAGAAGAAGAAAUAUCUGGGCAGGUACAGACUGUGGCAUUGAUUGCUUCUUAUUUCAAACUGGCAAUACUAAAAGCUGUAGCCACCAGUAUGUGUAAUAUAAAAGUGGUUCUGUGCCUUUUCUUUUAACUGCCUUCACCAUAAUAGUGAUUAUUUGCAUCUUAGGUUCAUAGAUUAGUACUAAGCUAACUGCCCUUGUGAGCCAUUUUAAGCCUAGCCAAUUAUCCCUUGUGAGACUCAAACCCUGCACCUUGUGUUUGUAAGGAAAACACCUUAACCAUUAGGCCACCCUCUUCCUUCAAUCUGUGCAAGGAAUUAUACUGCACUGAUGGAACGUACUGGCAACCAAGAGCAUAGCCUUUCAAUGCUUCCGCUUUUUUUUCUUUCCUUGAUUGUCAUAGUCUGCAGUAUAUAAUGAUAUAGGAGUAUGCAAAUGUAUAGCAUGCAUAUUUAAAUGCACCUCUGUUAAUGCAUCUCUGUGUCAUAAUUACACAAUUUACUUCCUCUCCAAUUCAUGCAUCCAAAAUCAAUGCAUAAGAUAAAAAUGUAAAUAUUUACAGAAAAAAUGGAAAGAAAUUCAAGUUCAGUGUAGGUCAUUUCUGUUUGGAUAUUGCAUGAUGCUGUCUUCUUCUUAUAGGUCAUAAAAAUUAGUAAAACAGUUUCCAGUCCAGAAAUACAGAUUCAAUAAAUGCACUUUUAGAAAAAAAAAAAAGAAAAAUGAUAAGUUAAAUUAUUAUGCCUUGGUGCAUUUGUUGUGCAAAUUAUAAGAGUAUGUUAUGAGUUUUUAAAUAUAAAUACGUUAAAACUUUACCUAAAAUUAGGUAACCCAUAUGUGGUAUCUACAAAUACAUAUGAUAUGUAUUUGUAAAAUAUUGUUUCACUGCUUGCUUGACAUAGAGCUCAAAAGAUGUCCUUCUAUUCCUAUGUUACAGUAUUCAUAACAUGAGGGACUCUCUGCCUAGGUAACCCGAAUAUUUGGCCACUAUACCAAAGGUUAAGCUACUGCUAGGUAUGUGCAAUGUUGCACAUAGGAUGCACCCGACGUAGGCCAUAAAAGUGAUGUCUGUGCAUACCAUCCCUAGAACUUCUCUGCCACCAGUUUGAACACCAGCUUGUACUAUUCAUCUGAUUGCCAAAAUUUUUUUUUUCUUUUAGAUAAUUGCCUCAUUGGGGAAACUUUUUUGUACUUUUGCUACUGCAUGUUUGUUCGAGGUUAAUGUCAUCCAAGAGGGGAAAAGUGCUAUUGCAGAAGACAUAUUCCACACAAAGACAGUCACAUUCAGUGUCUUUUCUGCCUGGGGUCCACUCACGACUAGGCUUGUGCCAUUUUCAGGCUUUUGUUCCAAAGCUGCUCUGCAUUCAUCUUUCUGCCCUUAAUAUCUACCUUGAGAACCAGAGACUAAAGUGACUAGCACUCACUAGGGGAAGGUACCUCAGGUCUGUCAGUGAACCUCUGAAAAAGAAGGUGAAAAAGAUAAGACCUGAAUCUUCGGCUGUGCCUCUGAUCCCGGAUGUCCCUGUCAAGGCCAGUGAAGACCUGGAGGUCCAUACGGUGCCAGGUUCUCCUCCUUCGGUGGGAACAGAUUUAGAUGCUGCUAGGGAGAGUUGUUUCAGUAUGUCCGCAGAGGCCUCGCAGACAUCCAUUUCAGAUGGUAAGGGGGAACCACAGCUAGUGCCUUUAGACAUACCUCACAGUACUUCUCCUUGCUUUUUAUGGCUGAGGACUUGCCAACUUCUGUGUUGGAGCCUAGGCCUACGCUGGCCCAACCAUCCCAGCCUAAGAGAGAUCAUCUACUUAAAAAGAAACAAACAUGUUCAUCCCACACAGGAUCCUCUCCCAGACUGGCAAGCCUUUUCGCAAGGAAUCUUGAUUGCCUUUUUGGCACUUAAGCCUUCCUCUGUUCAGCCUCCUACUCUUGUGUCACCCCUCCCUUUAUCCAGGAGUGCUAUUGCGGAGCAAGAGGCUUCUGAAGGAGAUACUUCAUCUUCAGAUGAGCCCCUGGCCUACUCUACUUAAAUUGACUUGCUCCUGGGUUACACUUCCCCUGAGGUUGAGGUUGACUCCAAUGAUGGCAACUCCCCUGAAGAUAAUAUUACAUUUGGAGAAGCCAUCUCUAGGAUGAGGGAUUUUUUUCAAGUGGGAAAUCUCACAGGUUUUAUGCUUACAAAUGGGACUCUCCUUCCCCUCUGCUAUCUUACCUGUUUUACUAGCCUUUCAUUAUGUCUUCCUUUUGGCAUCCAAAAGCCCUGAUUCUCAAGCUCCUGCACGCAAAAUGCCAGACAAGUUUUAUAACAUCCCUGAGGACAGUAACUAUCUGUUCAGAUGCCCUCCUGCAGAUUCAGCUGUGAUUUCAGUCUCUGGGGAUAAACCUUCUAAAUUGCUGCCCUCCACUACUCUUUUUGCCUUCUGAUAAUGACAGUAAAAUGAUGGAGAGGCUUGGAAAAAGGGUCUACGCCUCUUCUGCUCUGGAUUUUAGGGCAAUUAAUUAUCUGACACAUAUGUUUAAGUAUGUUCUGGCGCUACUUUCCCAGGCUUCAAAACUGCUGACAGAUCUUCCAGAUUCUGCAGCCAAGUCACAACUCUUUUCCCUCCUGACAGUUUCUUCUCAAGUUAGCAGACACUCCAUAAAAUGCAGUUAUGGUGCAGCUGAGGUCUCAGCUAGAUCAGCAGCAUGUAAAUCUGUCCUCCAAAGGUAUUCAUGGCUGAGAUUGCAGCCUUUGCCCGAAGAUUUCAAGGCAAAAAUCACGGAUGCACUCUUGGACAAUUCCUCCCUUUUUGGUGCAAAUGCUGCUGCUCUCUUCAAAUCCCUCCAAGAGAAAGGGAAAUAACUGCAGAAACUGAAACAAAGUUUUAUUUCCCCAAUUCCAAAACAUCAGAGAAAUUAUCCGUCCAAGACUAAUUUUAUAAGGAAAAAGACCCAUGCUUCUUUCCAUCCUCACAAGAAAGGUACACGCAGGCAGAUUACACCUAGGUCUCAGCCAUCAUCUGCCCAAAAGACUUCCUUUUUUGGACAAGCCAGGUAGUCUUUGACUACCUGCCCAUAGUCACAGAAAUUCUUCUUUCCCAGAGCCUUUCUCAUUUCCUUUCUUCUUGGAUAGGCAUAACCACAGAUAAAUGGGUCCUGUCCAUUGUCAAAAACUGCUAUUUCAUGAUUUGAAAAUCCAUACCUCCCUUCAUGGGCAUCCCACAACCCCCAAGGGACCAGAUCUAUCUCUUUCCACAGGUGAUUCAUUACUAGAUUUCACUGGGGACCAUACAGGUAGCUCCCUCCAUGGAAAGAGGAAAAGGCUUCUAUUCCAGGAUGUUCUUAGCCCUCAGGAAAGAUGGUCCUUGGAGACAAAUUUUAGACUCAUCCCAGCUCAAUCUUUUUCUACAAGUCCCCACCUUCAGGAUCCUCACUGUACAAAAAUCCCUCUUGCUCCCUCAGAGCUUUCUGGUUUCCCUGGAUAUCAAGGAUGCAUACUUUCAUAUUCCUGUUCACCCUCUGCUCAUGAAAUUCUUAUGGUUUUCUGUUGCUUCCUCUCAUUUUCAGUUUUGUGUUUUGCCCUUUGGAAUCUCUAUGGCUCUUAGGGUAUUCACAAAAUGUUUGUUUGGCUCCUGCCAUUGCCGUCAGGAAUUCUUAUCUAUCUUAUCUGGACAACCUGCUCAUUCAAGCAAAGCAUCCACAUAUCCUGCAACAGAACCUUCAAACUACCAUCUUCUUGCUCCUAAACCUGGAAUUCACUAUCAACUACAACAAGUCUUCCCAAAACUCUUUUCAGGAUCAGGUUUUCCUGGACUGCAGGAUACAGGAUAAAGGCAGACCUUAUGAUGGCCUUUCUGCCUUUAGAAAAAAAUACAAUCUCUUCUAACUUCCAGCACUGACAGCCAGAGAGCUCCUCAAGAUGCUAGGGUUCAUGGCUUCUGUUAUACCAAUGCUGCCCCUAGCCAGACUUCACUUCUGAAAGUUCCAUUGUUACCUGAAAACACUCUGGUCCCAGCAUGUUUAGGACCUGGAGUUUAUCCUUCCAUUUCUACCUUGCCUGAAGAAGGAAUUGCUUUGGUGGAUUUAACAAAUAUCUCAGAAUCCAGGACUCCCCCCUUCAGUCACCUCAUCCAAUUCAGGAGCUGUUUACAGAUGCCUCAGACCCAGGGUAGGGAGUGAAACUGAUGAACCUAAAGGUCCAAGACUUGUGGUCUCCUUCUCUAUGGAAGCAACACAUUAGCAUCAAAGACAUGAGGCUCUGAUUCUGGCCCUUCAAGCCUUCAAUUCAUCUCUUCAACCAGGUCCCUUGAAACUGUUCACAGACAACACCACAGUACUCUGAUAUGUGAACAAACAGAGGGGACAAAGUCUUACCUACUUUGCAGGUUAGCACUCCAAAACUGGGAGAUUGCUUGCAAGCAAAGAAUACAUUAACAGCUGUUUACAUUCCCUCAGCUCAAAAUGUUCUAGCAGACAAACUGAGCAGGUCCAUGACACAAACCAAUAAAUGGAUGAUACACAGGGAUGUGUUUCUGGACAUUGUCCACCAGUGGGGUAUGCUUCAAAUAGAUCUUUUUGCCUCCCCUCUGAACAGACAACUUCCAAAAUUUUCUGUCAGAGACCCACAUCCUCUGGUAUGGAGGGUGGACACCCUGUCAUUCUCCUGGAAGGGGAUAUUUCCCUACACACACACCCUUUUGCACUUAUUCAGAAGGUCCUGAUGAAGAUUCAGCAAGACAACCCAAAAAAUCUUGCUGAUAACCCCCUUUUGGUCAAGACAGCAUUGGUUCACUCUUCUUCUGGAGUUAGCCAAGGGCAAUCAUCCCAAGUUACCUCACAGGGUGGAUCUUCUCACACAAGACAACGGAUUUCUUAUGUACCCACAUUUAGCAACUCUGAAUCUGAGUCUGUGGGUGAUAGGCUUCUAAUUCCUUUCAGGCACCUUUUUUCUGAGGAUGUGCUUCUAGUCCUGCAGGAGGCCAGGAAACCCAGUACAAGGAGAUCCUACUUGUCCAAAUGGAAAAAAGUCUCCAUCUGGUGUCUUAACAAGUGACUAGAUCAAUUUUCAAUGGAUAUAUCCCUAGUCCUGUUUUAUUUGAGUGAGCUGCUCAAGGUUGGACUGGCUUAUUCUUCAGUUAAAGCUUAUUUACCAGCCAUUUCUGCAUGUCUGCCUUUGUUUCCUCUUUAUACUCUAGGCUAGAAGUUAAGCUUUUCUUAAAAGGUAUCCUUCAUAUCAGACCUCCCAGGAAGCCUGUUCCUCCUCCUUGGGAUUUGAAUUUUAUUCUGGAAAAACUGACAUAGACACCCUUUGUACCUACAGCUGCAGCUUCUUUGAAAUGUUGUACAUGGAAGACUGUUUUACUGAUAACUAUCACUUCUGCUAGAAGAGUUUCUGAACUUCAAGCUUUAAUAGCUUCACAACCCUUUCUAAUUUUUUCCAUAGGGAUAAGAUGUCUCUUCAUACCAACCUUUCUUUCAUGCCUAAAGUGGUUAAUGACUUGUCCCUUAAUCAGUCUGUUCAUUUACCUGCUCCUCAAAACUCGAGUGAAAAGGUGCUUCACACCUUGGAUGUACAUAGACAACUCAGAUUUUACCUGGAUAAGACCAAAUCCAUUAGAAAUUCUGAGCAAUGUUUUUUUUUUUCUUUUCACUCCAGGGCACUGAGAAAACCUGUCUAUAAACAAUUUCCACCUGGAUCUCUAGAGCCAUUUAUUUCUUCUACGUGUCUCAUGGCAGAACACUCUCUUUCUCAUUUAAAGCCCAUUCCACAGGAGCUGUAGCCUCCUCUGGGGCAUUCUUCAAGGGUCGGGACACUGACUCUAUACUGGAAGCAACUACUUGGUCUUCUGUCCACACCCUCACCAAACACUACAAAUUGGACUCUGUCUCCAGAUCUAGAGCAGGUUUUGCCAGGGCAGUUCUGCAUGGUUUCAUGAAGUCUUCUGUGCUCCACCCUCCCUUUUCCACUAAUGAGCUUUGGUACUCUCCCUCAUGUUAUGAAUACUACAACAUGGGAAUAGAAGGACAUAGAAUAGUUGUGUAAACUCUUACCAUACCCAUAAAUGUCCUUUUCCAUGUUGCAGUAUUCUAUCUAUCCCACUCACCUUCCUCUUGGUUCAUGUUUUUCUUUGAAUAAUAUUUUGUUUACCUCCUAUCCUUGGACUGGUGUUAUGACUGGGGCAUUCAUUUCUGAGGACGGUAUGUGCAGACAUCACAUUUAUGGCCUACAUCGGCUGCAUCCUAUGUGCAAUGUCACAAGUACUUAGCAGCAGCUUAAGUCUUUCAUAUACUGGCCAGACAUUCGGGUUGCCUAGGCAGAGAGUCCCUCAUGUUAUGAAUAUGCAACAUGGAAGAGAAGGACAUCUAUGCAUAUGGUAAGAUUUUACA